AUGGUUGAUACCGCACCAUACAUUGGUUCACUAGGGAGAAGUUCCCUUUUUGAUACUGGUGAUAUAGAACAAGCCCCUGGUAAUAAUGCAAUUGGUAUUAAUGAGGAAGAUAUUCACGCGUUUGUAUCAAGUACUGGCGAAACGGUUCAAUUAAAGAAGAAGCCUGCGAAGUUAGCAACCGGGAAUAUUAGUCUAUACACUAACCCAGAUACUGUUUGGAGAUCAGACGACACGUACGGCAUCAAUAUAAACUAUUUGUUAGACAAAAUUGAGGCAUCUGGCGAUGACCGCACUAACGCACAAAAGACUUCACCUAUAACUGGCAAGAUAGGUAGCGACACACUCUGGGUAGAGAAAUGGCGUCCUAAAAAAUUUCUAGAUUUGGUUGGUAAUGAAAAGACAAACAGGAGAAUGUUAGGUUGGUUGAGACAAUGGACGCCGGCUGUGUUUAAAGAGCAAUUACCCAAAUUGCCAACCGAAAAAGAGGUCAGUGAUAUGGAACUCGAUCCAUUGAAAAGGCCACCAAAGAAAAUUUUACUACUGCACGGGCCACCAGGAAUAGGCAAAACCUCAGUAGCUCACGUUAUUGCCAAACAAUCAGGGUUUUCUGUCUCAGAAAUCAAUGCAAGUGAUGAAAGGGCUGGACCUAUGGUAAAAGAGAAAAUAUAUAAUCUUUUAUUCAAUCAUACUUUCGAUACAAAUCCUGUGUGCUUAGUGGCGGAUGAGAUUGAUGGAAGUAUUGAGAGUGGAUUUAUUAGAAUUUUAGUUGACAUUAUGCAAAGCGAUAUUAAAGCCACUAAUAAACUAUUAUACGGUCAACCAGAUAAAAAGGACAAAAAGCGCAAAAAGAAAAGGUCUAAAUUGCUUACGCGACCUAUUAUUUGUAUUUGCAAUAAUCUAUAUGCUCCUUCUUUGGAAAAGCUGAAACCAUUCUGUGAAAUUAUUGCUGUGAAAAGACCUUCCGAUACUACCCUACUAGAGCGAUUGAACCUUAUCUGCCAUAAAGAAAACAUGAAUAUUCCUAUAAAAGCAAUCAAUGACUUAAUUGAUUUGGCUCAAGGUGACGUAAGGAAUUGUAUAAACAAUUUACAAUUCUUGGCCUCGAAUGUUGAUUCAAGAGAUUCCUCUGCAUCAGAUAAACCUGCUUGUGCAAAAAAUACGUGGGCGUCAUCCAACAAGGACUCCCCCAUAUCAUGGUUUAAAAUCGUGAACCAAUUGUUUAGAAAGGAUCCACAUCGUGAUAUAAAGGAGCAGUUUUAUGAAUUGCUAAACCAAGUAGAGCUUAAUGGUAACUCUGACAGGAUAUUGCAAGGCUGUUUUAAUAUAUUUCCCUACGUAAAAUAUUCCGACAAUGGUAUAAGAAAGCCAGCAAACAUUUCAGAUUGGCUAUUUUUCCAUGAUUUAAUGUACCAAUCAAUGUAUGCGCAUAAUGGCGAAUUGUUACGUUACUCCGCCCUUGUGCCCCUAGUCUUCUUCCAAACGUUUGGCGAUAUCGCAAACAAAGAUGAUAUUAGAAUGAAGAAUAGUGAAUACGAACAACGUGAAUUAAAACGAGCCAAUUCAGAUAUAGUUAGUCUGAUUAUGAGACAUAUCUCGGUUCAGUCCCCACUAAUGGCAAGUUUUACGGAUAGAAAAUCGUUAAUCUUUGAAAUACUACCAUAUCUAGAUUCGAUGAUCUCUUCCGAUUUUAAUAAAAUAAGGAACCUGAAACUCAAACAAGCCAUCAUGGAGGAAUUAGUUCAAUUGCUGAAAAGCUUUCAACUGAAUCUAAUCCAAAAUCGGUCAGAAGGAUUUGAUGUAAGGGGUGGCCUAACAAUCGAUCCCCCAAUCGAUGAAGUCGUAUUGUUAAAUCCUAAACAUAUUAACGAAGUCCAACAUAAACGGGCUAAUAAUUUGAGUUCACUGUUAGCAAAGAUUGAGGAAAACCGGGCCAAGAAAAGGCAUAUAGACCAAGUGACUGAGGAUAGACUACAGUCACAGGAAAUGCAUAGCAAAAAAGUCAAAACUGGGUUAAAUUCUUCCUCAAGUACAAUCGACUUUUUCAAGAAUCAGUACGGAUUAUUGAAGCAAACUCAGGAAUUGGAAGAGACACAAAAAACUAUUGGAUCAGACGAAACCAACCAAGCAGAUGACUGCAAUCAAACGGUUAAAAUAUGGGUGAAAUACAAUGAGGGGUUCUCUAACGCUGUCAGGAAAAAUGUGACUUGGAAUAACCUGUGGGAAUAA